GAUGGUUGAAAGCAAAUGAAGAUAGAAAGACUGGCACUUCUUGUUCUUUCUUCAGCUCCUCUGUUGUUCUUCAGCUAUGGGAUGAAGGCAGUGACAUAUUCAGUUCCAUUUUCUUAGAAGAAGACGCUAACCCUAGAAUGUCGUCCUCUCUGCAACUGUUUUCCCUUACACGACCUUCUCAGCCUCCGGCAAAGAGUGCCGGUAACAGACUACGCCAUUUUCAAAUUCUCCGCUCUUCCGCCAAGUCCAGUCUCCAAGAAGGUGACGAAGAGAGUCGAGAUACUGACAAAGGGAGAAUUGAUGGCGAAGCACGUCUGAUUCUGGUAGAAAGAUAUGGCAAUGGUACUGCCAAAAGAUAUAUGAUUGAUGGUGAUUUGCGGUUCCAUACUUUUCUCGAGGAACAUGGUUCAGUGAGUAAUAGGUUCCAGGGCUCACAUAUCCCUGACACAAAAUUGUCCUGGGUACCAGAUAACAUUAAAGAUUUUAUUUUGCCUGCAGGCUUCCCAGGAUCAGUCUCAGAUGAUUACUUAGAGUACAUGUUGUUACAGUUCCCCACAAACGUCACUGCCUGGAUCUGUCACACUUUAGUCACAUCAAGUCUUCUAAAGGCUGUUGGCAUUGGGUCUUUCUCUGGGACUAGUGCCGCUGCUUCUGCUGCUGCUAUCAGAUGGGUGUCAAAAGAUGGAAUUGGAGCUCUUGGGCGCUUAUUCAUUGGUGGACGAUUUGGGAAUCUCUUUGAUGAUGAUCCUAAACAGUGGCGCAUGUAUGCUGACUUCAUAGGCAGUGCUGGAAGCAUCUUUGAUCUAACUACCCAACUUUAUCCUGCUUAUUUCCUGCCACUGGCAUCCCUGGGGAAUCUUGCAAAGGCUGUAGCGAGAGGACUAAAAGAUCCUUCAUUCCGGGUGAUUCAAAACCAUUUUGCACUCUCAGGAAAUCUGGGAGAGGUAGCAGCUAAGGAGGAAGUUUGGGAAGUAACUGCUCAGUUGCUUGGUCUUGCUCUGGGCAUAUUGAUCCUGGAUACCCCUGGCCUUGUAAAAUCAUAUCCAGUAUUGGCAUCAACAUGGACAGGCAUGCGACUUCUCCACCUUUGGUUACGAUACAAGUCACUUUUAGUUCUACAAUUGAACACGAUUAAUCUUAAGCGUGCUCGCAUACUUGUAAAAUCACACAUUUUACACUCCACUGUUCCUGGACUCAAUGAUUGCAAUAGGGAAGAAGAUAUUUUAUCAUGGCAGAGAUUCAUGAAGCCACGAAUUAUCUUUGGUUUGCCCUUAGAGGAGAUGUUUGGUGGUGGGAGAUCUCUUUCCAUGCUAAAGACUCUCUUGAGAAUAUAUGCAAAAGAGAAAUAUGUACUUACAGUGAACCAACAGCAAAGAGAUUUUGAGGUCUUUGUUUCGUUCAAGGUGGGUGCUACAAACAUUUCUGUACUGCGAAGUGUGUGGCAGACCUAUUGGCUAUCCGAGAACUUGGACAUCUUCAAUAAUAAUCUCUUUGAUCAGCUUACAGAAAGUUUAUCACGGAUGGAAGAUAGGUUUGAAGAUUUCAUUCAAAAGUUGGAGGGAGCUGGAUGGGAUACUAAUCAAAUCAACUUGAAGGUACCAAUGGAGAUCUCUAUUGAUGAAUGUUCAUUUUAACGCUCAAACACUGGCUACUCUGUGCUCUGGAAUGAUGCACAAUCAGCAAAAUUGAACACUGAUGUACACUUUCCGAGCCAAAGUAUCCCAAAUUCCCAAUCAACAACAAA